AAGACUGAGAGGGGACAUGAUAGCAGAUUACAAGAACAUAAAAGGAUAUUACAAGAAGCAGGGAGAAAAAAAAUAUUCUCUUUAACCUCUGGGGAGGUAGUGGAAUCUUCAUCAUUGGAGAUUUUUAAGAGCAAGAUAGACAAACACCAAAGAUGUUCUAGAUGCUCAAGAUCAGCAGUUCUCAACCACCAGGUUGCAAACUGGUGGCUACCGAACUGAAGCCAGCUGUUCGCAGCAGCUCUGGGGGCUGGGCUCAGCAGCCAGCUUCAGCUCCGGCAGCUGUGGCGGCUGAUUUUGUCCAGAAGUGGCCUCACCCCUCCCACCAAGGAAAGCAUCACGUUAGAGUCAGCAAAAACAGAAUACCAUGUGCUCUCUGUGGAGUCAAUGGAUAGCAGUCACAGCGCUGUUUAUUAUGGUUGAUGGUCAAAUGCUCAAGCAGGCCCAAGCCCCACUGCUACUCCACAAACCUUUCCUUGUUGUUUGGAAUGCCCCUACGGAACAGUGCAGGCUGCGCUACAAUGUGGAUCUAGAUCUCAGUGUUUUUGACAUUGCUUCAAACAUCAAUGAAUCUUUGAGUGGCUCCAAUGUGACAAUUUUUUAUCACACUCAUUUGGGACAUUAUCCCUAUUACUUAGACAAUGGGGUCCCUGUUAAUGGAGGGGUGCCACAGAAUGAGAGUCUGAUAAAGCACCUUAACAAAGCUAAGUCUGAUAUUGACCAUUCCAUACCCAUGAAGAAAUUCCAAGGACUUGCAGUCAUUGACUGGGAAAACUGGAGGCCCCAGUGGGACAGGAACUGGGGCAAUAAAACCAUUUAUAGAAAUAAGUCUUUCGAACUGGUUAAGAGACGCCAUCCUCAGUGGUCAGAAGACAAAAUUAGAAAAGUUGCUAAGGAAGAAUUUGAAAAUGCUGGCAAGAAUUUUAUGAACAACACUAUCCUUCUGGCUCGGCACAUGAGACCGAAUGGACUGUGGGGUUACUAUCUUUACCCAGACUGCUACAAUUAUGAUUACAAAGACCAACCUAAAGCAUACACAGGUAAAUGCCCAGCCAUUGAAUCUUCCCGCAAUGAUCUCCUGCUUUGGCUGUGGAAAGAAAGUACUGCUCUUUAUCCUUCCAUAUACUUGGACUACAUAUUGAAGUCAAGUCCAAAUGCUCUGAAGUUUGUUCACUACCGAGUUAAGGAAGCAAUACGUAUUGCCUCAAUUGCUAGAAAAGACUAUGUUUUGCCUGUUUUUGUUUACUCCAGACCGUUUUAUGCUUACACUUUACAUGUUUUGACGAAGACUGACCUGGUGAACACUAUUGGUGAGAGUGCUGCUUUGGGGGCAGCUGGGGUAGUCCUUUGGGGAAGCAUGCAGUAUGCCAGCUCAGAGGAGAACUGUUCAAUUGUGAAAAAAUACAUAAAUGGCCCCUUAGGACAUUAUAUCAUAAAUGUGACGUCGGCAGCCAAACUCUGCAGUAAAGUUCUGUGUAAGAAGAAUGGGAGAUGUAUCCGUAAAAUCAGCGGCUCCUCUUCUUAUCUGCACUUGUCACCCAAAAGUUUUGAGAUUGGGGUCCACCAUUCUGAAAAAGGUCCAAGAUUCUUUGUGACUGGAAAACCUCGACCCAAAGACAUACAGGCCAUGAAGCAGAGUUUCACAUGUCAGUGUUAUCAGGGCUGGACUGGAAUAUUUUGUGAACUGCCUGAUCAAAGUCUAUUUGAACAAUGGGUUCACACUCUGUUUAAUAGAGCAAAAAAUCAAAUGCUCAAUAUUCUCUUAUUUGGAUCCAUACAGGUUUUUCUCUUUCUCAUUCUACACUAAUGUUUCUGGCAAGUUAGCAAGAAACACUGCAAUUAAGACUUCAGAUCUCCUUGCUUAGCAGAUUUCUAUUCAGAUAGGAAAUAGUGUUGCAGCCUGUUUGUUAUUUUAUAUUCAUUCUGCUCCAUUUAAGGCCACGUCUCCACUUACCAAAGGAUAGACACUCCAGCGGUCAAUCUUCUGGGGUUAAAUUUAGUGGGUCUAGUAAAGAUCUGUUAAAACAAAUAGUGAGGGUGCCCCCAUCAACUGCGAUACUCCUCACUGUUGCGAGAAGUAAGAGAAGUUGAUGGGAGAGUUUCCCCUGUAAACUUCCUGCUGUGGGGCCACCCCAGAAAAUUGAUGCAAGGUACAUUGACUACAUAAUUCAUAAAACAGGACUAUGUAGCACUUUAAAGACUAACAAGAUAGUUUAUUAGGUGAUGAGCUUUCGUGGGCCAGACCCACUUCCUCAGAUCAAACUGUGGAAGA